GUACUUAUUACGACAAAUUUCUUUUCGGAAAUAACUUCACUUUCUUGUAUUUUCUGACAUAUUUUUGCAACAUAAUUUUACUAAAGUUUUUUUUUUUUGUCAGCUGUAUCUUUUCCUUUUGUAACAUUACUCCACAUUAUUUGUUCCGAUUUUUUUCAUUGCAUUGCAGCUUUACUAAAAAUAAGUUUAUAGUACUUUUCGAACAAUCGUGUAGUAUUUUAUUCUCUUAACGGUACUUGCUUAUUCAGCCCGGGAACAACGGCAACGUUCUCAUUGUUUUUAUUUAACCCAUAUUUUGUCACGUAUAUAUAUUUUUUAACUUAAUUUUUAAACAUGUUUUGGCAGACUCCACACACCCACCUGGCAACUUAACAGCUGCUGUCCUGUGCAGUUUUUAGUCAUACGCCGACUCAUACUGAAAGCGAAAGUAAGAAUGAAGACGCUUGGUUCCACAGUCUUCAGCCAAAUCCAAUGUCUGCUGCUGGAGUGCGGGCUUGCUGCCACGAAAAGGGUUCCAUCGCUGAAAGGAAAAGUGCAAGGACGAUCAAACGACAUGUUUUAGGUAAACAACAAUGGCCUCUGCUAGUAUCCUGUUGUGGUUGCUGAUAGCGAUCUGUGUCAGUGGACAAACUACGACGAUCAACGCUUUCGUGAAGUUGGAAUGCAAGACGGACAACGUGGGGAAAUAUGGUCAUCAGUCAAUGUUGAAUUGUGGCAUCAUAACCUCAAAAGAGGCCAAAGAUGCAACUGUCAAGAUGGUUAUUUGGAAGAAGGACGGCGUUCUCCUGCUGGGAUUUACAGAACCUUCAUAUAAUAAGACGCCAAGAUUUUCCUUCACUGAGUCGUGGAAGAAGAACAUGAACGUGUCCCUGCUUAUUGCUAACACGUCAGUGGCUGACAAGGGAGUGUACACAUGUGAGGUGCUUACUGACCGCAGUGGGGGAAGUACCUCAACCAACCUCUAUGUCGCAGCCAGAUACAGCCAACCAACCAUCCUCUCCACCCCCGUGGAUGUCUCGCCAAAGUCACAAGUCACCUUGACCUGCAGCUCAGAAGGCGGCUACCCAAUGGGCAGACUGGGUUGGCUUUUCGGACCCACGAGGAAGGAAAUCAGAUCCAAUGAAACCGAGGCGAAUGUGACACAAAACGGACUGUUCCACCUCUCCAGCAAGCUCAAUGUGCCGCCAGAGGAGAACGCCUCUGACUACACCUGCGUGGUGUUCAACGCCACUGGCGGAGAGGACGGCAAUGCCACACUGUUAUCCCCCAAGAAGAGUCCAAGUCUGGGAAAACCUAAACAAAGCACUGAUCUGGUUACUAAAAUAAUGGCGCCAUUGGUGGUUUUGGGCGCUCUCAUCGUUGGACUGCUGCUGUGGAAGCGGAUCAGCAAGGGGUGUUUUCAAGGGUUCCGCAGAUAUCGAAAGACAGAAGAUGCUGAGCCAGGUAAUCCAGAAGAGCAAGUUACCUUUGGCUCACAAUGCGAAGAGAACUCUUGAGAAAUGUUGUGUACCACAUGACUUACCCCAACCUAACACCAGGAAUGAGCAGAAAUGAUUCGUAAUAAUGUGAUUGAUUAACUGAGCCGUGAGAAACACUAACAGAGGACUAAUCAGAACUAUUGAAGUAUUAAGAAAAGACACUGAUGGUGCUAUAUAAGCUUUCUAUUGGACGAGGUAGUAUGAUUAUAUUAUAGAACUUUGACCUAAAUAGGUCCUGCAUAAAUUCACUAAUGGCCCUUUUCUCCCAUGUGCUUAAGUGAAAAAAAGGUGCGCAACCGCAUGUAUUCUACCCUUUUGAUUCGCGCCUUCAUCCAAAAUGCGUGCUUUGGGUGGAGCAAGCCUUAAAGUACCAUUAGAGUUUAAAAACAAGUUCACUUUAUUUGCUUAUUUUUGUUUUAUUGUAUCCAUUAAACCAUAUCCAAUUGUAUUUGCAAUCCGCAAAGAAUGUGAAGACUCCGUUUAAACAUCACAAAAUGCCACACAUUCAGUCAGCCAUUUUGAAUAUUCCGCUACGAACACCUAAUUUCCAUAGUUUCUACGGCAUUAGAGUAACAUUUCUGCACAGUCAGCUUUCUAAAACUUACUGUUCAUCCUCUUUGUAUGUAUAUAUAUAUAUAUAUAUAUAUAUAUAUAUAUAUAUAUAUAUAUAUAUAUAUAUAUAUAUAUAUAUAUAUAUAUAUAUAUAUAUAUAUAUAUAUAUAUACAGUACAAUAAAAGGUCCUGGAUCAUAAUUUUCCCAAAAUAAUCGUUGUUAGUUUUCACAAAGUCUGCUUGAUUAUCAUUGUUGUUGAUGAGGAAGGGAUCUUUGGUUCCUAGCCCGACGUCACAAGAUCACCUAACUGGCUUCCUCAUUGUCUCCCAAAAUGGCUUGGAAAUCUUUGUGAGUUUGAUACCAUUUUGAUCAUAUCUAUUUUUUUUGUAAGCUUUGGAUAUCUUUUUGUGUCAUAAUUCAGAUACAUAUGACAAUAGCUUCAAAAUAGAGGCAACUUGUUUUUCCACUCCACUGGUACUUUAAAUGUGGGCGUUCCCUAUCAAAACUUGCCUUGCAUGUAGUCUCUAAUCGACUUGAUACUUUUGUUUUUACACACCUCUGAAGCUGCAACAAGUCCAGUGUCCCUGCAAGGUGAAACAUUAUAUUGCACUUGACGUUUGGAUGCAGAAACUUCCAUAAAACUAUCAAAUAUAUUCUUACAGCUUCAAUUGAGACACCUGGAAACAUCCAUUGGAUCAAAGGACCGUAAUGCCAUUAUUCUGAAUUACCUAUAAAAAAUCAAAAUGCCCAUCUUUGUUUUCGGAGUGCGACCAUAGCCUAUAUAUUGGCCGUGUUUGAACAUCCUGGUACUAAUAGACGCUUCAUGCAUCUGGACCGUGAUCAAUGAACUAUGUGACUACUUAAUAGAAAAUAAAUAUAAAAUAUAUUGAUUUUUUGACAGUUAAUAUGAAACACCCACGCUCCCCUCCGCAAGCAUACACACACACACACACACACACACACACACACACACACACACACACACACACACACACACACACACACACACACACACACACACACACACACACACACACACACACACACACACACACACACACACACACACACACACACACACACACACACAAACAGCUUCACAAAUAUUUCUAUGAAACAGAACUCUUAACAUCACAAUUAAUAUCAGGACGAUUACAAUAAUAAGUGAAACAAAGUUUGAUCUACAGAUUAAUAUUCCCAUCCAGCCAGGAAGAAGAAGCUAUUGUAGCUUGCAUACACACACUACAUCACCAUGGCGUAACAGGUACAUGUGACAAGCACUGCCUGGAUUGAUACGGCCUUUUUAAAUGUAUGAAAGUUAUAUUUUUUUAUUGAUUUUAAUGACAUUCACGAGUGUUAAAACAUUUUCCAACGACCCAAAAAAGGCAUCAUGGAAAAGUCCGCCUCUUAUGUAAUGAGCUCACCUUCAUUCCAGACUUACGCACUUUUGCCUCACUUACAGUCCCUGUCGGCGUGUCCCUGGGCUGGAUGUGAGAAUUUGAAUAAAAGGAACAUGCAUAACUUUAAGCGCGGAAAAAAUACCUUAAGCGCGGAUGGGAAAAUAGGGCCAUAAUUAUGCAUCAUAUCCCGCUGGGACCCAGAAAAACAAAAGUUUUGAGUGCCAACUGAAUAAGUUUUAGUCCCAUCAUUGUGUACAUUUUUGAUGAGAGGAACAAUACAUUUAUAGAUCAAACAAACAGAAUGCAAUUUGUAGCUCUAUACGCCUAUAUUUUUCUAUUCCAUCCUUGUCGUAAAAUUGGACAUGGAAAAAAAUCAUUGCACGAAUGUGAAUUUUUUUGAUUUUGGCAAUAUGUAAAUGUAGUGCCACUUUUUGUAUUAAUUGAAAUAUGAAUAACACCUGCAUGAAGCAUUUUUUCCACACAUGCCAACUUCAUGCAUUCUGCGUUUUCACUACAGAGGGGCCCGAGGCCCACUUAAAUAUUAACACAAAAUGUACAAUAUUACUCUUGUAUUUAAUCAUAUUCAAUAAACUUUAAGCUAGGUCAGGCUGAUAAAAAAAUUAAAAGUACUAACCAAAUAUACUGCAUAAGAAGGGAGGCAUAAAUAACGAAGGAAAAGUCAAUUAGCAUACUAUUAUGUUGUGCUAAAAUAAAAUAACUAAAUUAUGUUUCUUAAAUAAACUGCCAAUAAAUUAAAGUGCAAAUGAAAAUACAGCUUCACCUCUUUAGUCAUAGUUUUUGCGCUUAAGAAUCUUCUCUAUGACUUAAGCGCCAGACUUCUUCUCUUUGUUUGAUAUUGUCAUUACUGCCACAAGUAGUAGAAAAGUGUAUUUCAACUGAUUACCACUGCGGCCCAUACGUCCCACAGCUGAAAAACUGAUAUUUUAUGGCGGCCCUCUCAUACAAUGGCAGAGCCGAGUAUAGAGAGAGUUUGGCCAACUCGGUUUCAAAGUUGGCAGCAGCAAAAUGGCGCCCUGGAGUCACGUGAGCGGCUUUUGACCUAUCAUUUAUCAAUCAAUCAAUCAAUCAAUGUUUAUUUAUAUAGCCCUAAAUCACAAGUGUCUCAAAGGGCUGUACAAGCCACAACGACAUCCUCGGUACAGAGCCCACAUACGGGCAAGGAAAACUCACCCCAGUGGGACGUCAAUGUGAAUGACUAUGAGAAACCUUGGAGAGGACCGCAUAUGUGGGUAACCCCCCCCCCCCCCCCCCCUCUAGGGGAGACCGAAAGCAAUGGAUGUCGAGUGGGUCUGACAUAAUAUUGUGAAAGUCCAACACAUCAGCGAAAGUCCAGUCCAUGGUGGGGCCAGCAGGAACCAUCCCGAGCGGAGACGGGUCAGCAGCGUAGAGAUGUCCCCAUCCGAUGAACAGGCUAGCGGUCCACCCCGGAGCAGAGUAGAAAAGAAAAGAAAAGAAACGGCAGAUCAACUGGUCUAAAAAGGGAGUCUAUUUAAAGGCUAGAGUAUACAAAUGAGUUUUAAGAUGAGACUUAAAUGCUUCUACUGAGGUAGCAUCUCUAACUUUUACCGGGAGGGCAUUCCAUAAUAUUGGAGCCCGAAUAGAAAACGCUCUAUAGCCCGCAGACUUUUUUUGGGCUCUGGGAAUCACUAAUAAGCCGGAGUUCUUUGAACGCAGAUUUCUUGCCGGGACAUAUGGUACAAUACAAUCGGCAAGAUAGGCAGGAGCUUGACCGUGUAGUAUUUUAUACGUAAGUAGUAAAACCUUAAAGUCGCAUCUUAGGUGCACACGAAGCCAGUGCAAGUGAGCCAGUAUAGGCGUAAUAUGAUCAAACUUUCUUGUUUUUGUCAAAAGUCUAGCAGCCGCAUUUUGUACCAUCUGUAAUCUUUUAAUGCUAGACAUUGGGAGGCCCGAAAAUAAAACGUUACAGUAAUCAAGACGAGAUGUAACGAACGCAUGGAUAAUGAUCUCAGCAUCGCUUGUGGACAAAAUGGAACGAAUUUUAGCGAUAUUACGGAGAUGAAAGAAGGCCGUUUUAGUAACACUCUUAAUGUGCGACUCAAAGGAGAGAGUUGGUUCGAAGAUAAUACCAAGAUUCUUUACCAAGUCGCCUUGUUUAAUUGUUUGGUUGUCAAAUGUUAAGGUGGUAUUAUUAAAUAGAUGUCGGUGUUGAGCAGGACCGAUAAUCAGCAUUUCCGUUUUCUUAGCGUUGAGUUGCAAAAAGUUAGUGGACAUCCAUUGUUUAAUUUCAUUAAGACACGCCUCCAGCUGACUACAAUCCGGCGUGUUGGUCAACUUUAGGGGCAUGUAGAGUUGGGUGUCAUCCGCAUAACAGUGAACGCUAACACCGUAUUUGCGUAUGAUGUCACCUAGCGGCAGCAUGUAAAUACUAAAGAGUGCAGGGCCAAGAACCGAACCCUGGGGAACUCCGCAUGUUACCUUUACAUAGUCCAAGGUCACAUUGUUAUGGGAGACACACUGCAUCCUGUCAGUAAGAUAAGAGUUAAACCAAGACAAGGCUAAGUCUGACAUCCCAAUACGCGUUUUGAUACGCUCUAAUAAAACAUUAUGAUCAACAGUAUCGAAAGCGGCGCUAAGAUCAAGAAGCAGCAACAUAGAUGACGCAUCAGAAUCCAUCGUUAGCAAUAGAUCAUUAGUCAUUUUUGCGAGGGCUGUCUCCGUAGAGUGAUUUGCCCUGAAACCGGAUUGAAAAGGUUCACAGAGAUUGUUAGACGCUAAGUGUUCAUUUAGCUGCUGUGCGACAAUUUUUUCGAGAAUUUUCGAGAUAAACGGUAGUUCACCAUGAGGUCAGGAUCGAGGUUAGGUCUUUUGAGUAGAGGAUGAAUAACCGCUUUUUUGAAUGCUAGGGGAACAGUACCAGAGGAAAGUGAUAAGUUUAUAAUAUUUAACACUGAUGGACCUAAUAAAACAAAAAGCUCCUUGAUAAGUUUCCCAGGAAUUGGGUCAAGUAAACAUGUUGUUUGUUUUGUCCCAUUUACACAUUUUAGCAAUUCCUCCAAUGUUAUUUCAUCAAAGAGAGAGAAACUAUUUUGGAGGGCAGUGUCCGUCGUAUAUACAGUCGUAUCUGUGUUAAUAGAACCCAGUUGUAGCUGAGAUGCAUUGUCUUUAAUCUCUUUUCUAAUGACUUCAAUUUUCUUAUUAAAGAAAUUCAUAAAGUCAUCUGCUGAGUGGGUGGAGCUACUGGGAGGAGUCCCUUGUUGGGUUAGCGAUGCUACUGUACUAAACAAAAAUUUAGGAUCAUUUUUGUUGAGGUGGAUGAGAUUUGAGUAAUAUUUAGCUUUAGUUGAGGUAAGCAUGCGUUUAUAAGUUAUUAAACUAUCACUCCAUGCUUGAUGGAAAACCUCAAGUUUAGUCGCACGCCAUUUGCGUUCCAGCUUUCUACAUGAUAAUUUCUGGGCUUUAGUUUCUUCUGUAAACCAUGGGGUACGCCUUUUAUGGGCCCUUUUUAGCUUUAGCGGUGCUACACUAUGAAUGGUGUCGCGCAGGGCGUCGUUAAAGCUGUUAGUGAGGUUAUCAAUAGAGCCCACAUAAUUUGGGAAUGGUGCCAUUACCGAAGGCAGUAGGUCAGUGAGAGUCGUCGUUGUGGCAGCAUUAAUGUUGCGGCUGCUAUAGUAGUUAUUAUUAUUAUUGUUAGUUUGUUGACAAUGAGUCAGAACUUCGAAUUUUAUAAGGUAAUGAUCGGACAUUACUUUAGUGUACGGGAGUAUCGUAACUUUAGAGGUGGUGACACCCCUGACAAGCACUAGAUCUAUCGUAUUACCGUUGCGAUGCGUGGGUUCAUUUAUUAUUUGUGUAAGACCACAGCUAUCAAUUAUAGUCUGGAGCGCCACGCAUGGAGGGUCCGAUGGGGUAUUCAUAUGGAUGUUAAAGUCUCCCAUUAUGAUUAUAUUGUCGGCGUGCGUCACUAGAUCAGCAACGAACUCUGAAAAUUCAUUGAUAAAGUCCGAAUAGGGCCCUGGGGGGCGGUAGAUGACAGCCAGGUGCAGAGGCAGCGGUGUGACAAACCUCACAGUAAGCACCUCAAACGAGUUAUAUUUAUUAUUUAGGUCCGAGGUAAGGCUAAAGUUUUUGUUGUAUAUUAGUGCAACACCCCCACCCCUUUUAAUGGGACGGGCAAUAUGCGUUCCCGUAUAGCCAGGAGGAGACGCCUCACCCAGCGCAAAAAAUUCGUCUGGUUUGAGCCAGGUCUCGGCUAGACCAACGACAUCAAGAUUGUUGUCUCUGAUGACUUCAUUAACUAAUAACGUUUUGGAAGACAAUGACCUUAUGUUUAAAAAGCCCAUAUUAUAGGUAGUGGGCUGUUUUGAGGAGUUUUUGUUGAAAGUAUCCGUAGUAGCAAUAUUAAUAAUGUUACGUUUAUUAUGCGUAGUGCACUUUAAAUAAUUUCGACCAUAUCUAGGAAUUGAUAUGACAGGAAUUUUUAGAUUGUUUGCCACCUCAGUAAAAUGCAUGUCCACCUCUGACGCAGAAAAAACAUUAUGUGAGUUGUAUAUUAUUCUAAGAGAACUGCUAUGUGUGCAGGGAUUAUCCAGCCUGGCGCUGGCUAGUUCUAGUUUAACAGACUCCUUAUUAGCGCUUCUUUGUGGAUUAGCAUUUAGCUUUUUCGUUAGCCCAGCUAACAACAAUGCAUUUAGCUUUGUUGUUAGCCCCGCCCGACACCCCCGCUUCUGCUUCCGAGCGCAUCGCUUACGUCUCUUUCGUUGACGGUCUCCGCUGGUAGUGGACGCCGCUGCUUCAAAGGCCACUGCUGGAUGUAGCUCGCGAAGAAUUCCCAAGCUAGCGAGUAGGUCCACCGUACACGCAUCUUUCAGCCCAAAAUGGCCCGAUCUCUCCACAUCCAGAAUCGUAAGUCGGUCGUAAGUGAUCACGGAGUGAACACGCUGUGAGCCAGCCAUGAAAUUGACUGAAUUGAGGGGUAUUUUUGCCAAAUCGGUCUAAUCUCUCUGAUUGGUCAAAAGCACCCCAUGUGACUACAGGGUGCCAUUUUACUGCCAAUUUUUUAAACCAAGUUUGCUAUGCUCUCUCCAUACAUGACUCUGAACAAUGGGCCCUAUGUUUAAGAAACGCUGCUGUAGGGCAUUACGACAAAGACAAUCCUUGGUUUCAGAAGGUUAGAGUAGUUCCUUAAGUUAAAAGGCACCUUUGGUGAUUUUAAUAUACAUUUACAACACUUCCUUGUGGUCUAGGUCAGUGGUUCUCAAACUUUAAUUUUUUUUUUUUUUUUUUUACCAAGUGUCACCUCAGAAAAUACUUGGCUCUCCAAGUACCUCCAUAAUGACCAACAAUAAAAUACAGUAGCAUAACAGGCCUAAGUAUUGAUUAACUAGGUUUUAUUUAACAAGUAUAUUUAAUAUUUGGCCACUGUGACAUUGCACACCAUUUGAACAGUCACACUGUGUUUGAAUAAAGGAAAACAAAACACUGUACUUUAAUUAAGUGAUUCUUUGGCGUACCACUAGAUGGCGCCCGCGUGCAACGAGUUUACGAAUCACUGGUCUCCAUCCAUCCAUUUUCUACCGCUUUUCCCGUUCGGGGUCGCGGGGGGUGCUGGAGCCUAUCUCAGCUGCUUGGUCUCGAUAAUAUGUAUUGGAUUUGCUUUGGUGUAAAUGUUGCUCCACUGUCACUUUUACAAACCACAUUUUGAGUGGUUUAUAUCGCAAAUGAAACCACGCCCGACCUUCUCCAAAAGUGUCAAUUUUUUGAAAAUGUACACUGUUUGUGUACAUUUGGAAGAUGAUUGUCACUAGAGAUGUCCGAUAAUGGCUUUUUUGCCAAUAUUCCGAUAUUGUCCAACUCUUAAUUACCGAUACCGAUAUCAACAGAUACCGAUAUAUACAGUCGUGGAAUUAACACAUUAUUAUACCUAAUUUUGUUGCGAUGCCCCACUGGAUGCAUUAAACAAUGUAACAAGGUUUUCCAAAAUAAAUCAACUCAAGUUAUGUAAAAAAAAUGCCAACAUGGCACUGCCAUAUUUAUUAUUGAAGUCACAAAGUGCAUUAUAUUUUAACAUGCCUCAAAACAGCAGCUUGGAAUUUGGGACAUGCUCUCCCUGAGAGAGCAUGAGGAGGUUGUGGGGGGGGUAUAUUGUAGCGUCCCGGAAGAGUUAGUGCUGCAAAGUGUUCUGGGUAUUUGUUCUGUUGUGUUUAUGUUGUGUUACGGUGCGGAUGUUCUCCCGAAAUGUGUUUGCCUUUCUUGUUUGGUGUGGGUUCACAGUGCGGCGCAUAUUUGUAACAGUGUUAAAGUUGUUUAUACGGUCCCCCUCAGUGCCUUUAAGGUUUAUUGGCGCUCUGUACUUCUCCCUACGUCCGUGUACACAGCGGCGCUUUAAAAAGUCAUAACUUUACAUUUUUGAAACCGAUACCGAUAACUUUGAAACCGAUACCGAUAAUUUACGAUAUUACAUUUGAAAGCAUUUAUCAUCUCUAAUUGUCACCGCUACUUUGUUCCAGACAGGCUCCAAAAAAACCCUCCACGAACAUUAUGUAGACUCACUCGGUCCCGACAUUAGGUACGCCGGCACACUGGCUUUGAGCAGCAUUGAAAAUGGUUUGUACAAUUUGGACCAAAGAACCACCGAUGACACGUUAUGUAAACCCCAAGGAAGUGUUUUAAAUGUAGAGCAACAAUCAUCUCAUGACACCUUUAACGGCAAAUAAGUGCGUCACACCGUAGCCACACUCCAGAACCCCGCCAACAGAGGCAUCCAAAGCUCACGUCCAAAUGCAUGAACCUUAGGAUUUGAUACUUAGCCAUUGUUCAACACGAGUAUCUAACAUUUAUAAGUGGGGAAAAAGCCGGGAAUUCAUCAUAGAUCCCCUUUGACAAAGCUUUGAGGUCUUUUGCUGUGAGUGUGUGCACUACUGUGGACCAAGCAGAGGAAAAGAUACUGGAGUUAGGCAGCCACACGUCUGCAUCCUGACUUUUUAAAAGGCAAAAACACUGCACCUGCCUGCCUGUUUAAAGUCCAUUGCACCUGGUUUUCUUCAUAAAAUGAUAAGUACUGAACACGCAAUGCGGUAAAAGCACAUGUUAACAGUUUCAGACCCUGACCUUUGUGCCAAAACAAGGAUAUGAACACCUCAUACACGGCUGGAUGACUACUUUGCAACAUUGUAAAAUAUUCAUGCAGCUACUUUAGUCUCCGACUUGCUUGUGUAACUAUGUUAUUGUUGUUGCCGUGCAGCAGGGACUGUUCGUGCGUGUGUGUGUGUGUGUGUGUGUGUGUGUGUGUGUGUGUGUGUGUGUUCUUGUAUUAACCUUCUUGGGACAUCAACAAGGAAAAGUACCUUCCAUAUGAGGAUUGGUGAACAAGUUCGGGCCCAAAUCAUGGUCCCAAUAUGGAAAACCAUUGCAUCUAAUAGAGAGCCAAAUACUACAGUCUGUGAACAUUGCUCCAAAGUCAGGAUUUUUGGUUGAUUUAACGUGCAUACAAAAGUAAACAUUGACAGGUGCAAAGGCAGCAAUAUAUGAUAAAACAAGACGGCAGUUACAGUAAAGAAGGACUUCCCUAUUCAUCCCCGGAAAAAACUGAUUUUACGACUUCCGGUGCUAACGUAAGACAAACCGCGUCCCAUAUGUGACCAUAGGAUGAACAAAUACACUACUGUACUAAGACUAUAGUGGCCAUUAACAGUUAGCUUCUACAGCUGGGUUGCGGCACAGAGGCCGUCUGUGGUCCGUGACUCGUUUGUCAUCGGCCUUAAGCACAUUGCAAAAAACAAAAAAUAGAGAUCUCAUUUGCACCCCUGGUGGAGAAAUCUUUUAUCACAAUAUUGCCAAUUGCCAGUGACAUUUUUAAAAAUAAAAUGAUGACUUUUGUCAUAAUUUUGCCAAUUGAAGUUCCCAUUAUUAUUAUAAUAUUGCCAACAUUUGACAGUUUUCCUACAAAAUUGGGACUCUUGUCGAGUAAAAUUACGACUCUUUUCAUAAAGUUGCCAAAAUGUUAAGCUUUUCUUGUAAAAUUGCAACUGUUAUUGAGUAAAAUUCCAACUUUUAUCAUAACAUUGCACAAAUGUUCACUUUUCCUUGUAACACUUUGACUUGCGUUGAGUAACAUGACUUUUAUUAUAAUACUGCCAAACUUUUUUUGUGUGAAAUUGUGACCUUUUUCUUGUGAAAUUCCAACUCAUUUUUCACAACAAGCUUUUUUAUAUUUGCAUAGUAUGUAUAUAUUAUGAAUGUUGUAAAUAGAAAUCUUUUAUAUAUCUAGAAAGGGUGGUUCUAAAGAGGUUUCAAGAAGGUAAAGAAAUACAAAAUGUGUGUGUGUGUGUGUGUGUGUGUGUGUGUGUGUGUGUGUGUGUGUUUCCACAUAACUCAAACAUCCCUCUCGUGAACAAUCAGGAUAAAAACCAGACCAGCAGAAAUAUACCUCUCAGUGUUUCUCA